AUGAAUAGUAGCAAUAUGUUAAAGAAUACAAUUAGUUUAAUCAGUAGAUCUACAACAACAUUGAACAAAGCAAGUUGUUAUAAUGGUGCUUUGAUGCCAGUGAGAUUCGCCAGUUGCUGCGGAGGAAAAUCUACUCUUCCACCAGUUGCUGCAGGUGAAAUUACUUUGGACGACUUUUUCAAAUUGGAUCUCAGAGUUGCCAAAGUAGUGCAAGCCGAACAUGUUGAAGGUGCUAAAAAGUUGAUCAAAUUGACAUUGGAUAUUGGACCAAAGAAGAAACCAGUGGUCACCGCUCAACAAACAGGUGAACAAUCAACUGAAAACGCAACAUCAUCAACAACAAAUGAAUCGACUACUCCUGCUGCUACUACUACUACACAAACAGAAGAAAUCGUUGAACGUGAUAUUAGAACAGUAUUCAGUGGUAUUAAACAACACUAUCAACCAGAACAACUACAAGGAAAGAAUGUUAUUAUGGUUGCAAACUUGGCACCAAAGAAAACCAAAUUCGGUGUCUCUGAGGGUAUGGUAUUGUUUGCAAGCGACGAUGAAUCAAAACAAGUGUUGGCUUUAAAUUGUGACAAUGCUCAAGCUGGUUUCAGAGUUUUAUAA